AUGAAGGUCACCUACGCCUUGGCCAUUGCGGCCACUUUCGAGCAGGCCACCGCCACCUUUGACAUUGUCGGUGAUGUCUUCAAGUACUGGACCGACCUCAAGCCCUUCACCUGCCCCGGCAAGGUCCCCGUCAUCUGCAAGCCCGAUCAGAUUCCCGGCUACAACUGGAAGGAUACCCCCGUCGGUCCCAUCGGCGGUUAUGGCGGCUGCAACUUCAAGGGCUGGACCUGCAAGAAGAAGUUUGGUCGCCGCGACAUGCUUGCUGGUCGCCAGGACGAUGGUAGCAAGCUCAUCGAGGCCGAUGUUGGCGUCGAUGGCUCCGACAACAACCCCGUCAUCUCUGCCGGCGACGACAUUGGCACCUUUGAUAUCAACAGCUUCUCUGUUGAGUCCGAGUUUGAUGCCCGCUUCGAGUUCCACUACACCAUGCCCGACGGUUCUGUUUGCAAGCAGUCCUCCCCCGUCUCCAGCCAGGGUACCUCCAUCGUCAACACCCAGUGCGGUGGAGCCAAGUCGGUCAAGAUGGUUCUUCCCGAGAACCAGGGCAACCAGAAGAGAACCUUUGGUCUUCUGAAGAAGCUCUGCAAGGUCAAGUGCCACAAGAUUGACUUCUGGUGCAAGCCUCCUCCUGGCAAGACCACCACCACCCCCCCUGCCACUCAGACCACCACCAAGAACACUCCUCCUCCUCAGACCACGACUACCCAGCAGACCACUCCUCCUGGCCAGACCACCACCAGCAGCGUGAGCACUCCCCCUGGCCAGUCUACCUCCAGCAGUGUCAGCACUCCUCCCGGCCAGACCACCACCAGCAGUGUCAGCACUCCUCCCGGCCAGUCGACCACCAGCAGUGUCAGCACCCCUCCUGGCCAGUCUACCUCCAGCAGUGUUAGCACUCCUCCCGGCCAGUCGACCUCCAGCAGUGUCAGCACUCCUCCCGGCCAGACCACCACCAGCAGCGUGAGCACUCCUCCUGGCCAGUCUACCUCCAGCAGUGUUAGCACUCCUCCCGGCCAGUCGACCUCCAGCAGUGUCAGCACUCCUCCCGGCCAGACCACCACCAGCAGCGUGAGCACUCCUCCUGGCCAGUCUACCUCCAGCAGUGUCAGCACUCCUCCCGGCCAGUCGACCUCUAGCAGCAUCAGCACUCCUCCCGGCCAGACCACCACCUCUGUCGUGACUACCCCUCCUGCCACCCAGACCACUCCUCCCGUUACCGUCACCAGCGUCAUCACCACCACCUACGACACCACCUCCACGGUCUUCACCACCUCCACCAAGACCAUCACCAGCUGCGGCCCUGAGAUCACCUCGUGCCCCAUCAAGACUCCUGGCGGCACUCACGUUAUCACCGUCACCAUCCCCGUCAGCACCACCAUCUGCCCUGUCACCGAGACUCGCCCUGUCACCAUCACCCAGACCCAGCCCGGCCAGACUCAGCCCACUCAGAGCUCCGACAAGCCCAAGGGUACCGAGACCAAGACUUCUCCCCCUGUUCCUUCGCAGUCUCUUCCUUGCCCCGAGUCUGUUCCUCGCUGCCUGAACUCGUGGCUCGACGUCGUCAAGGAGUGCAAGAACAACGCCGAUGCCGAGUGCUUCUGCAAGAACAGCGAGUUCACCAAGAACGUCUUCAGCUGCCUGUACUCGUAUGGUGGCUCCGACAAGAACGUUGCCGACUCCAUCAGCUUCUUCCAGGGUAUCUGCGCUCCUUAUGCUGGCAAGAACCCCAACAUUGUCACUGGUGCCGAGACCAUUACCCAGAUCAUCACCGUCACCCCCGCUCCCCAGCCCAGCGGCGGUGCCAUGACCACCAUCACCAUCGACACCACCAUCACCGAGCCUUGCGUCACCAGCGGCACCACCAUUCCUGGCAGCAGCACCACUCGCGUCAUCAGCACCGAGAUGCCCGUUCCCCAGGUUACCUUCACUCCCCCCGCUGGUGAGAAGCAGCCUGUCCCUACCGGCCAGCCCGGCCAGCAGCCCGGCAAGCCUGCCCCCGGCGGUGAGGUUCCCACCACUGUCGCCCCCGGCCUGCCCGUCGGCACCGGUGUCCCCACCGUCCCCUCCGGCACUGCCCCUCCCACCGUCAACGGUGCGGGCAAGGCCCAGGCCGGUCUCCUCGGCGUUGUCGCCAUGGUCCUCGUCGCUGCUCUGUAA